UCAAGCACACAGGUUUAUGCUAUUUUACCUCCAAAAUAAUAAAACAACAACAACACCUACAACGGGCAAACGGUGGAAUUGUCAACAAAUGAGCUCCUAUUUUGUGAACUCAUUCUGCGGUCGCUAUCCCAAUGGCGCGGACUUCCAGUUACAUAAUUAUGGAGACCAUAGUACGGCAAACGAGCAAUACAGAGACUCAACAGCCAUGCAUUCCAGCAGGUACGGCUAUGGCUACAACGGGAUGGACUUAACAGUCGGGCGGGCUGGUACCGGACACUUUGUGGGCAGCGAGCGGACACCGGGCUACUCCCCGAGUCACUCAGCGGCGACGACACCCUCGGUGGAGCCGGUCAGGUACACUCAGUCCGCCAGCAGCACCGGGACCUCGUCUCUAUCGCCACCACCUGACCCUCUACCGUGCUCCUCGGUCGCCAGCUCGUCCCCGGUCACCGAGAAUCAUUCUCAACAAAGAGCCGUGAAAAACUCCAUAACGACCCCGUGCUCGAGCUCGAACGGAGGCACGCUGCUGCUCGGCCGGGACUGUGUGUCCAAAGCUUCCCCCCUGGAGGACGAGAAGCCUGCGGGAAGUGCACCGACAACUCCUCAAAAUGUCACCGACUCAACACAGCCUCAGAUAUACCCGUGGAUGAGAAAACUUCACAUAAGUCAUGAUUUGUCAGGACCAGAGGGGAAGAGAGCCAGGACUGCUUACACUCGGUACCAGACCCUGGAGCUGGAGAAGGAGUUCCACUUCAACCGCUACCUGACCCGCAGGCGGAGGAUCGAGAUAGCCCAUGCCCUCUGCCUCUCAGAGAGACAGAUCAAAAUCUGGUUUCAGAACCGCAGGAUGAAGUGGAAGAAGGACAACAAGCUGAAGAGCAUGAGCAUGGCGGCUGCAGGCGGGGGAGGCUACAGGCCUUGAUAUUCACUCCUCUACCCUCCCUGAUAACGAGCACUAUGAAAAUAAAAACAAAGAUUGUCAUAUCAACUUCUCCUCGUUCUCCUCCUUCAAAAAGCGCAGAGACUUGUUCACGGGGCUGUGUGCGGGACAGGGGGACACCCCAUGCAGCCCACUGUAUGUCCAACAACAGUCCCAUUAUAUUCCUUAAUAUUAUUUCCUUUUUAUUUCCACCGUGGUAAUGCUUAUGUGAGUAAAAAAAAAAAUGCAUUAUGUACAGUUCAUUCUAGAUUUAGAGGAAAAAGAUACAAAAUAAAUGUUUGUUUAAAUUAUUUCUUGUUCAGACGAAAAAAAAACCCCAAACAAACAACAACAAAAAAAAAAAGCUUGAAAUGCUUCCUACCUACCGCAAAUAAAUCCAGUCAAAGUUGUGUGAUGCACUCGGAACAAUAACAGCCUAACAAAUAGAGGGUUGAGGUUGAGCUGCCUUUGUGUUUAGCCUUCGUUUUUUUCUAUGUAUGUACUGUAUAUGUAUGUAUUUAUUUGUUUGAUGUAUUGUACCAACUUGUCAGAUAACUUGCUUCCAAAAGUAGAGUCAGCAGAGUAUGUUUAAGCCUUGUGUGGUUAUUGUGUGCGUUGUGAACACAUGUAUGGACAGAGGAGCCGACUCAGUCUUGUAUGUACAGUAGC